GGGGCAAGCAGCGCGUGCUGCCCGCCGCCGCCCCAGUCCGCCCGCAGCCUGUGAGGAAGGCUCCUCUCCAUCGCCGCCGCCUCCCUCCUCCCUGCCCGCCGGGUCCGGGCUCGGCAGCAGCGCUCGCUCGCUCGCUCGCAGGCGGCGGCAGCUCCCCUCCCUCCAAGAUGCCAGCGCGGCUGCUGCCCGCAUUGCCACGCUUGUCGGCCGGCUGAGGGAGCCGCGGGGGCAGUCCGUGCGCGGCCCUUGCAUCCCGGCUUCCCGCCGCUCCUAUGGAGCCGUGGCUGGGCAGGCACCGGACGCGUCAGGCGAGGUAUAUUUUUAAGAAGAAUACUGACCAUGAGGAAGUCCACCUAUUAGUCCAUUUUUGCUAAUUCUGCUGAAGAAAAUGAAGCUACGCUUUGGCUGUACAGAAUCUUUUACCACCACUGUUGGGUAAAUGAGAAAUGGUCGUGUGAUUAUGCUGACAUCCCAGCAUGCAUUUGGUAGACCUGUGGUUAACUCGUUCCCUCUCCAUGUGUCUGCUCUUACAAAGUUUUGUCCUCAUGAUACUGUGCUUUCAUUCUGCCAGUAUGUGCCCAAAAGGCUGCCUUUGUUCUCAUUCUGGAGGUUUAAAUGUCAGUUGUAGCAAUGCAAAUCUCAAGGAAAUACCGAGAGAUCUUCCUCCUGAAACAGUCUUACUUUAUUUGGACUCCAAUCAGAUAACAUCCAUCCCAAAUGAAAUUUUUAAGGACUUGCAUCAACUGAGAGUCCUCAAUUUAUCCAAAAAUGGUAUUGAAUUUAUAGAUGAACAUGCCUUUAAAGGAGUGGCAGAAACCUUGCAGACUUUGGACUUGUCUGACAACCGGAUUCAAAGUGUGCACAAAAAUGCUUUCAAUAACUUAAAAGCCAGAGCCAGAAUUGCAAACAAUCCUUGGCACUGUGACUGUACUCUGCAGCAGGUCCUGAGGAGCAUGGCGUCCAACCAUGAAACAGCCAACAACGUCAUCUGCAAGACUUCUGUGUUAGAUGAACAUGCUGGGAGACCAUUCCUCAAUGCUGCCAAUGAUGCAGAUCUUUGUAACCUUCCUAAAAAGACUACUGAUUAUGCCAUGCUAGUCACCAUGUUUGGCUGGUUCACCAUGGUGAUAUCCUAUGUAGUUUAUUAUGUGCGGCAAAAUCAAGAGGAUGCAAGAAGGCACCUUGAGUACUUAAAAUCCCUGCCAAGCAGGCAAAAGAAACCAGAAGAAGCUGAUGACAUUAGCACUGUGGUAUAGUAUCCUGAAUACAACAGACUUUGAGAUGGCAAUUAGAUUUGGAUGGCACUAAAACCAGAGGUUUACUUCUAACAUUCAUUGUAAACAUUUAAGACUUUUUUUUUCCAGUUUAACUGAAUUAUGCCACUGUUGAUCUUUCUAACAAAGGUUUUUGUUUGGGUGGUAUACGUUAAUUGUUUCUCUGGUGGUAUUCUAAAGCAAGUAAACUAAUAUGUAAACAUUAGUUAGACCCAUUUAAUAACAAAAUUUAUUUUUUUAAUUUAAAACCGAAUAAAAGCUUAACUUUGAA